CAUCUGAUGGGGAGUAUAAAUGGCGACAAAUACUGCCCUUUGAUUGCAAACGCGACCACAUGUUGGACAGAAUGGGUGCGGCCAUCGGUCGCUGGAAAAUCAAUUCUAAGCGAAAUAUAAACUACAGAUCUUUUGAACCAAUUCUACGUCUAUUGAAGUCAAGCAUCCCGUCGGAGGCCCAGUAUUGGGCGGUCUGGGCGUUGGCUAAUCUGACGCGAGUUUACAGCCAAAAGUAUUGUCCACUUCUUCGUGAUGACAAAGGACUGGAAGUGUUGGAAGCGUUGGCCGACAACGAGUCGAUACCAAAGACGAUCAGACACUUG